UCCUAGUAGGGUCCCACCUUAAGCAUGCAUAGACAAUCAUCAUCAUUCAACAAAAAUGCUAAUUAAGUUUCCAAUGUUGUCUUUAUACUAACUAUAGUGUAUAGACCCUUCUUCGCGGCUCUAGUGAUCAAACACAAGACAUUUUUCUGAUUAGGGACUAGAAGGAUUGCUGUUUAUUGGGCAAAAAACCAGCAUGAGGUUGAGUAUUAUCUGGUUGGUUCUCAGCUUAUAUUUUUCACCUUCUGCGGACAGCUUACACAACCAUACUACUGAUUCUUUGGAUGCUUUUCUUCAGGAUUCUGCUUUCAAGUCUCUGGUCCAGAACCGGCCGCAGACUGGUGCUCUAUACAGAGCUUUUCUCCCUGCUAAUCUGUCAGGCAUGGAGGUUUCGAUUGUUCGUCUCAGAAGCCGGAGAUUGUGGAACAUUGGUGCUAAUUUUACUAACUUUCAAAUUCCAUCGAGAACCAGGACAAUGCCUCAUGUGAAGAGGUUGGCUAUAGUCUACCAGGACUUGGGUAACUGGUCUUCUCACUAUUACAGUGUUCCAGGCUACUCAAUGGUAACCUCUGUUGUUGGUUUCAUGGUUUUUAAUGCAUCAAAUGCAAGAGCCAGGAGUCUCGAGAAGAUUAGUCUCAAUACAAGAGGGAGGAGUAUAGUGAUUCAUUUUUCCGACUUGACAUUACCUGAGAGCAGGAUCUCAGGAGCUCAAUGCGUAGCAUUUAGUGAAAAUGGGACAGUUCACCUUAGUGAAAUGAAUCAGCUUAGUGUAUGUUACUCUCAUGAUCAGGGUCACUUCUCCAUUGUGGUUCCAGUGGAGAGGAAAGGACAGGGCACUAGGAAGCGGAGACUAUUUUAUUUGUGGAUUAUAGGGUUUGUGCUUGGACUAGGUGGACUCACUUUGGUGGGAUAUUUUGGGUUGGCGUCUAAGAAACUUUUGAAGACCCAGAAGAUUCAAGUAAUGGAAAGACAAGCUGAUGAAGAUUUGGUUCUUGAAACCAUAUGGGUUGGUAGUAGUAAAAUGCCAUCUGCAACAGUAACAAGAACUCAGCCAACCAUUGAGAGUGGAGGUUUUCCAUAGCUUUCCUUUGCUCUUUUUUUGCGUUCUUCCUUCCUGAUCAUCUAUGUUUAUCCCUCUGGAUUCUAGUCUCCUUCCUCUCGUCUUCUCCUUCUUUCGUUUUUUGGUUCAAAUGCGAGGUUUGAUAAAAUCUUUCUACAGAUAAUACGUUCGAUUGCCUGAACAUCUGACUGGGAUUCGGGAUUUGUGGAAUGUUGAGGCCACUACGGAAAAGAUGUUCGAUUGCUUGAACGUCUGAAUUGUACUUCGCAUUAGUCUAAUUAGAAGAUUAAUUUUAAUAAACCAUUAUUAAUGCAAUUCACAUUUGGUUGAAGGAUAAUUAAUCCAUGGAAUCAAAUAUAUAGAAUUCUACAUGAACUUGUUAAGAUUAAAAACAUGGCUGGUGUGAAUUUGCAUACAGCCUCUAAACACUGGCGUCACAGUAUUUCUUUGCAGACUAGGUUCUGUAGCUCAAGGCAGUGGAAUUGAAAUGAAUAAAAUAUCAAUAGAGAAAGGAUGCCGGGAAUAUGAAAGAUAUUCCUGCGCAAGUUCUCAGCAAAAUUCAAGAAACAGGACGCAUCAUUUAAAGCUAUUCAGGUAAUUGUGCUCAUGAUCCUUCAAUUUCGUAUGGUUAAUGCUUUUCAUGAUAUCCAGCAUUAUAGCAUACCCUUCUCAUUGCACUGCAGUUUCAAGCCCCCCUGAGCACAGCAGCUUAACAUCUAACCAG